UUAUUGACAUAGGUCAGAGGGAGUUGAUGACUAUCAGAUCCUCCAGCACCAAAAGCCCUCAUACUCCUACCACGCUUAUUCUUCCCGCAACCAGUCACAAGCAGUACUACUUAUAGCCUUGUACAAGAGAUGCCAUCGUCUGCGCUCCCAGCGAAUGCCGAGGGGGGUGCUCUUCCCGGGCCUCCUAAAGAGCACGCUCCGGGAUUUAGCGACGACCCCAAGAGACCAAUGACUGGUUUCCGCUGGUUUCUUUUCGUUACUAGUACCUUGAUAGCAAUCUUCGUAUAUUCCCUAAAUAACACCAUCGUCGCAAAUCUCAUUCCGGUAUCUACUGGCCCUCUAGCACUAAGACGCCGAUAUAUGCUAAUUAUUAUCUUCUUCUUGCUAACAAAUCAUCGUCAAUGAUUUGAAUGGAGUUGAGAAAUUGCUACGGCUUUCUAUAAGGUUCAUAAUUAGUGGUAUAACAACUAUUCUAUUAUUAAGAAGACUUUAUGUUACUUAUGACUCUAAGUAGGUUUAUAUCAUUUCGUUUAUAUUAUUCCUAACCGGAUCGGCC